AUGGCAAUCAUUGGAGGAACAAUCAGCCCACAUAUCAAUGAUUCCUUAACGGCUUACGGGGCUGCCGUUUAUUCUAGUAAUGGCUUGUUUUGCGUCGAACUCUUUAGUGAAUCUCAACGCUCCCUCUGGUUGUGGAAUCCAGCCAUUAGAAAGGUCCAGCAAGUGCCAAAAUCUCUUAACAACUAUGAGGGUGAGUCCUUUUCUGUAGGAUUUGGGUUCAGCUCAAUCAUCAAUGAUUACAAGAUGGUGAAACUUUUUACGUCUGAUUUUUUGGUUGCUCAAGUGGAAGUGUAUGCAUUAGGGACAGGGUUAUGGACAAAAGUUGAACCCGGGAACUUAAAGGGUGUCCGUGUUAGCCAUCCUAGCGCUUUCAAUUGUAAUGGAGCUAUCUUUUGGGUUGGGAUGAAGGAAGGUGUGGAGGAGGACAGAAAAAUAGUUUCAUUUGACAUAGCAAUGGAACUGUUCACAUUGAUAUCAUUUCCUCCUAUGACUUCUGCCUCUCAAUCAUGUUUCCAUAGCCCUACUAUGUCUCAGAACAAACUGGCUCUGCUUUCUCCUACUGUGAUUGAAAAUUCUGACUCAUAUUUGAUUGAUUUAUGGGUGCUGGAGGAGUGUACAGAUCCAUGCAGGGAGAGAUGGAAUUGGACUAAAAUGUAUACUAGCAGGCCCAAUCCAUUUACGUUUAGUAUUAUUCCUCAGAUUAUUUGGAGAAAUGAAAUUGUUUGCAGUGUCUUCCGAGUUGAAUACCCAUUUGGAGGUGAACCGUAG